UGAACUUAGGUCACGUGCCAAAAAUGGAAUUCCGGAAAUGCUCCACCCGCCAUCACAUAUCAGCUUCAGUUUCCAAGAUAUCCAGACGGCGGUCUAUUCACUAACUGGACAUUUAUCUCUAGCCUGACGUAGAAGAAAACACUGCAAUCAUGCCAGGUCUUGUUAAAAUGAAGAAAUACAACUGGAAGGACAGCAACAUGGCGCUGUUUGGAAGUGACCUUGAACGCCAAGUCAAGAAAGCAUCUGCGCUUGGGGAGCCAGCAUGGAAAGAUGCCGGGACCCAGCCUGGGCUUCAGAUUUGGAGAAUUGUGAAAUUCAUUGUCACGGAGUGGCCUAAAGAAGACUACGGUAAAUUCUACAGCGGUGACUCCUACAUUAUUCUUAACUCCUACCUUGAAGGUGAUUCUAUGGAUCUCAAGUAUGACGUCCAUUUCUGGAUCGGGUCAAAAAGUUCACAGGAUGAGUAUGGUACAGCUGCCUAUAAGACAGUCGAGCUGGAUACAUUCCUGGAUGAUAAGGCGGUCCAGCACAGGGAGGUCGAAGGGUUCGAGACAGAACUUUUCAGAUCUUAUUUUAAGGAGAUUGUAAUAAUGGAAGGUGGUGCUGAAACUGGCUUCCGUCACGUGGAGCCAAAGAAAUAUAAGAUAAGGUUAAUGCAAUGUUUUGGAAAGGGAGCUAAAGUUGCUAUCCAAGAGGUCCCUCUGAACAAGUGCAGUCUUAAUUCUGAUGACGUAUUCAUUUUGGAUGCUGGUACAACAUGUUGGCAGUACAACGGGAACAAUGCUAGUCCAUUUGAGAAAGCCAGGUGUAUGGAAUUUCUGCAAAAUCUUGAAGGUGAAAGGGCUGGCCAUUGUAAGGGAGAAGUUAUUGACGAACACAGUAUCAGCGAAGGCCACGAGUUUUACAAGUUACUGGAAGCUAAUGAAGCUGCUACUGAAUUCGAAGAGGUUGAACUCCCUAGUGACAAGAAGCUGUUCUGUGUAUCUGAUGCCUCAGGAAAGGUUAAUUUCAGUGAGGUGAAAUCAGGAAAAAUUGAAAAAGAAGACCUUGGCAGUGAUGACGUGUUCCUGUUUGACUCCUGUGAACAGAUCUUUGUCUGGAUCGGCAAGAACGCAUCUCCUGCUGAAAAGAGGAAUGGCAUGACGUAUGCACAUGUGAGUAUUGUGUCGUCUGAAAGAAAUAUAUAUUUACAAUAUAAAUACAAUAUUGAACUAAUGUUCAAAUGAACUUACUAUUAUAUU